CCGAAUCAGUAGGCGACAAGCAAUGAUACGAACGCUUAGAAUUCGAAUACAAGAUCCAUUAUUUGUCGCAGAUUAAUAACUGAUUAAGAAAUGGAUAAUUAGCGUUGCAUAAAAUGUUUGCUAAACGAAUGCUGAUGAAGAUGCAAAUGAAUAGUUUUAGAACUCACUCUGAACAUUUCUGUUCAGUUCUUGGCACGUUGACCUGGAACUUGCGUCCACAACCUGUCGAAGAUCCUCGUUGUUCAUGAUUUUUGGUCUCCCUGAGCGC